AUGCGAUCCAAGUUCAAGGACGAGCACCCCUUUGAGAAGCGAAAGGCCGAGGCUGAGCGCAUCCGUCAGAAGUACUCUGACCGUAUUCCCGUUAUCUGCGAGAAGGUCGAGAAGUCCGACAUCGCUACUAUCGACAAGAAGAAGUACCUCGUCCCCGCGGACCUGACGGUCGGUCAGUUCGUCUACGUCAUCCGCAAGCGCAUCAAGCUCUCCCCGGAGAAGGCCAUCUUCAUCUUCGUCGAUGAGGUGCUGCCGCCCACUGCUGCUCUAAUGAGCAGCAUCUACGAGGAGCACAAGGACGAGGACGGUUUCCUCUACAUCACCUACUCCGGCGAGAACACCUUCGGCGGCUUCGAGACGGCUUAA